CAUGAUUGUUAUGUCAAAUUGACAUCAUGUAUUGUGAUUUGUGAAAUGAAAAAUAAAUCAACAUCGCUGAUUAAGUAAUGAAGAAUUGUUACAUUCUUAUUAGAACUUAAUAACUAAGAAGUCGUAAAAUAAAAUUAAUUAUAAUUCAAAAAUAUCUUUGGAAUGAGUACACUUCAAUAGUAUCAAAUUUUCUAUAGGUAACCUAGAAUGGCCGGUAAUAUUUUUAGAAAUAUACUCAGACCAAGAAUAUCUAACGUCUUGUUUAAAAGAUGGGAAAGUUCCGAAAAACGUGUCGCCAUCCGCGACCCCUUUGCAGACAAACCGGAGAAAAAUAAAGAAUCUUAUUUACAAGUGAUAAAAAUUUUUGAGGGAAGGGAUCAAAGGCGACGAGGCCAUGUAGAAUUUAUUUAUGCAGCGCUCGGACGUAUGAAGGAAUUUGGAGUUCACAAGGAUCUUGAAGUGUAUAAGGCACUUAUAGAAGUAUUACCAAAGGGAAAGUUAAUCCCCCAUAAUAUUUUUCAAGCAGAAUUUAUGCACUACCCAAAACAACAACAGUGUGCUGUGGACUUAUUGGAACAAAUGGAAAAUAAUGCUGUUAUGCCAGAUACGGAAAUGGAACAGAUGUUAUUAAAUACAUUUGGACGUAGAGGCAUACCACUGCGAAAAUAUUGGAGAAUGAUGUAUUGGAUGCCUAAAUUUAAAAACUUGAGUCCAUGGUACCUACCUGAUAAACUGCCUGAUGACACAUUGGAAUUGGCUAUGCUUGCUAUACAAAGGAUUACUUCAGUUGAUGCUGAUACUAAAAUUAAUAUUUGGCAGACAGAAGAAAUAGAGGCCUCGCUCGACAAGACUUGGGUUGUAAGUGCACAGAGCAGCACUCAACAGGUGCUACUAAGUGAACAGCCUUUGGAAGAACCCCUAGUUAUAAAAGGGCCAUAUACAGUAUAUCUUAGAGAUCAGACUGUUACAUAUUUCACACUAUUGGGAAAGAUACGGCCUGAUCAUCAGGAUGACACUGAUUUAGAUGAUGUAACCAAGAUAGAGAAACCCACUGGAAUUCCGGGUUAUAUUGGAAAAACAACACUACCAUCUGUGAAAUGUACUGUUCAUGAACAAGAUGACGGCACCAUCCUUGCUGUUUGUGCAACUGGUUCAUCAUCAAGAGAUUCUCUACUAUCAUGGAUAAGGCUAUUGGAGAAAUACAACAACCCCAUUCUAGCAAAGAUACCAGUUAUAUUCACAUUAAUAGCCCCAUCGAACAAUGUUGCAUUACAAGAGACGCAACCAGCCAUUCAUGAUGAUGAUAAUAUAGAGAGAGCGGGAUAAUAGUUACUGAAUAUAGACAAUUGUAAAAUACAUAUAGAUGUUGUUAA